GUUUUGCACUCAGGCUGUUAAAACUUGUCGCAUAGUUGCUUUCGGUUUGCGUGUGCGUCCUGUGCUGCCUUUGGGGAGAGAGAGAGAAAAAGAAAAACUACAACGAGACAGAGAGAAGUCAGUGGCCUUAAUUAAAUUCCCUAAUCAGCAGAAUUAACAGCAGGUGUGAAUUCAUGUCUGUAUUUUCCCCGCAGAUAUACUGCCCAGUGUUUGUGCCCAGCCGAGACAUGACUGAGGUGAUGAUCAACAGCACCCCCAUGGAGGACAUGAGGCUCAGCCCCAGCAAGGACAGACUCUCCUUUCAGAUAUUCCCCGACCCCUCAGACUUUGACCGUUGCUGUAAGCUCAAAGAUCGUUUGCCAUCCAUCGUGGUUGAGCCAACAGAGGGUGAAGUUGAGAGCGGGGAGCUCCGCUGGCCUCCAGAGGAGUUCCUGGUCAGUGAAGAAGAGGAAGAAGAGGAGGAGGAGGAGGAAGAGGAGCAGAAUAAUGGCAGCAUCCAAAACGGACUGCCGACACAGAAUUCCCAGCACUAGAAUCUGUGUUGCAGCACCAACACACUCCUGUCCUCUCUUCCUUUCUGAAUGACUCUCCCUUUCACACACUGGUCACACUGCACCUUAGCACUUCAGAAGACUCAACUGGCAGGCAUUCGGUGUGUCUAGUGGUGUCAUCUCAUUUCCCUUGACACCAAAGCAUCACUCCCACAAAAGAAGCAAUACACACACACAGGACACACUUUCUCACAAAUACACAGUAAAUUAUCCUCUUGGACUGCAGACCCAACUAAACAAACUUGAGAAGAACCGACAUGCACAAGUCUAACCUACACUUAACUUCCCACCAUGCCUACCACCGUGUGUGUCUCGGCCCAGAACGGAUGUCCUGUUGGACGGUGGCAGCUCAGUGCUCCAUGGACAGCUCUUACACUGCAGGGGGCUACUACUGCUCUGUACUUAACUCCAAAAUGGCUGGCAUCAUGACCCCAGAGACUUCAUCCUUGCUUACAGAACUAUUGUGGUACCCAAGGGAAUUAUUGUCUACAAUACACUGUCCAAACCUGUGUUCACUUUCUGGAUUGAUAUGUUAAUUAUUGUGAUCACCACUGCUGUCCAUAGAUUUGUCUAUUUCUGAGAAGUGAAUAUUUGUGAUUUGUCUGUUUUUUGAGAAGUGGGCGUUUUGUGCGAAAUGUUACUGGGAUUUUUUUUUUUUUUUUUGACCUUGAGUCAGGUAUUCAUGGCGUAAAAAGGCAUAAUUUUAGAGAAGUGAGCAGAGAGUGACAGAAAAUAAACCAGCAUGCCCUUCUAUGCUAAGUACUCACGAGAUAAAUGUACAAAGGUUUGUUGUGCAGUGAGGUCUCCUGGAAGCCUUAUGAAAAGCAGUAGUUGGGUGAUGAAGCAAAAUUUACGACACUGAGGACUAAAUGUGAUGCAAGAUUAUUGUUCAAAAGAGGAAAGCUGAGUGAGGAUGGAAAAUUGUAAUUUUUGGAAAACAUUUGUCCGGAUAAAGCAAUGGACAGACCCAAUGAAGGAUGUGUAAAUACUCAUUCCCAGUGAGCCAACCCCUGAGGCCUUGUAGCGCGUCUUGUUCAGUUUAAUUUAGAAAGACAAAAUACUGAGAAUUGCUCUAAGCUAUAAACACCUAAACUGAAAGUUGACUGUCCUCCUAGUUUUCCUUUCCUUUGUGAAAACAGCCAUACAUUUGAAACCUGAUUUCAGGUCAUGGAGAAGUCACAAUGUAGGACAGGGUUCACAAAUGAGGUUAUAGGCAAUAUCUGACAGUAUUAAAGAAUUUAUUCACAAAAAAUUAAAUCCAUCAGAAGUUGUUCAUAGGAAAUCAGAUUUAGUUUAUCUGGUAGAUUGUAAAUGUUUCAAAGGUAAUGUCAUUUUUUUUAUUUGCCUAUAUUGUAAUUUCAAAAGUAGGUGUUCUCUUCUUACUCUUUAAAUCACCACUUAUUGUCUGUGAAGUCUGUCAAUUUGUGGAGAUUUCUCUUUGUGUACACAAUCUGAAAUACUGUUGUACAAGCAUGACUGAGAUAUGUCUCUACUGUUUUUGUAAUUUCUCAUUUGAGUGGCAUUAGGGCUGUGUACAUAACAUCUCUCUCUUCCUCCUGUCAGUCACCUACAGGUCCCACAUUGUUUUUGUAAAGCUCAGGGAGAUAAGCCGCCAUCUUUCUCUUGGUUUUUUGUUGUUUUUUUUGUAUUUAGACCACUUUUUCUCUGUGACAGUUACAGAGGCUGUAAAUAAACAUUUGAAUUUGCU